AUGUUGGACCUAAGAGGCAAUAAUUUGCCUAAAAGGCAGAGAGAGUUGAACUAUAAAGUGAAAGAAGCAAUAGAAAAGAAAGUUGCCUUUGAUAUUAUAAAAGAUAAAAAUGAGGAAACUGAUGUAGACAAACUGUUUAAAAUAGACUUGGCUUCAAAUUAUCGUAAUAUUGAUUACAUUAUCGAGAUUUUGAAAUCGGGUGACAGCUUAUGCAUUUCAAGGGCACUGAAAUGUGUAUGGUUAUACGAAGAUGUAAAUUCAAACAUUAUUAAUACAGAUUAUCUCAAUGACAAUAUUUUUCCUUACAUGUCUCUCAAAAUGAAGAAAAAGAUGCUAACAGCAGUAUCUAUACAUAUGAAAAAUGAAGAAAGAAUGAUAUCUUUCUAUAACUACUGCAUUAAAGAAAAAUUGACAAAUAUUGCUUCAAAAUUUUUACUUCUUACUUCGGAGUCCUUUAAACUGGAUGCCAUUAAAAAUGGUGUAAAUUUUAAUACUAUUAUAAAUGAAGAAACAGAAUAUGUAAAGCAUUUUUUUGGAAAUUCGUUUACUCUCUUGGAAGCCUAUUUGCAGACUCUUAAUAAAUGGAAUAUUGGACCAUUUUUACUUAAAGUGAGGUAUUUUUAUUCAGUAUCAGAUGUUAAAUAUUUAGAUCUGCUAGAAAGUUAUGUGAAAGUUGAAACCAAAAUGAAACCAGAAGCUCUUGGCUUGAGAAUAUCGAAAAGUAUCAUGAAGAAACAUAAAGAUAGAGUUUUAAAUAAACCAUUGCUAUAUUUAUACAUACUCAAUCAAAAACUGCUCAUAAAAUAUAGUAGUGUCCAAGAUGCUAAAUUAUUUGCCAUCGCUUUGUUGCCCUCUUCAGCGUCAGUAUUUUGGUUUGAGAAUUAUCGUCGUACUAAUAAAUACAUUCUUGAUAUAAUUCCUAAGAACGAGUUGUAUGCUUUUUUAAAAAAUAUUUUUACAGAUGCAUAUCCCAAUGAGGAAUUUGAAAUGAGUGUUAAUUUUUAUAAUUACGGUUUUUAUGAAAUGUUAACAGUUGAAGAGAAAGAGCAAUGGGCUUUACACCAUAUUGAAAAUCAACAAGAAAUACUUGGACAUGGAGAAGAUUACAAGUGGUAUAAGUUUGUCAAUUUUGAUAAAGCACUAGAAGGUAUUAAGCGGUAUAUAAUGGUAACUACUGAUAUGGCAAAAAGGGGGGAGAUCAUUAACAUCUUAGUAGAAUCAGCCAAAACACAACGUGAUCUAGAGAAAUUGCUCAAAUACUUUUAUGAGAGGCAUGUCAAUGAAAACCCAUCUCUUAAAGAACAAUUUUUGAACACAAUUAUACAGAAUCACAAUGUGUUUGAGUUUGAAGAAGAUUGCUGGAAUGCAUUUAAUAAGAUCCUAUACAGUAUGGAUAUCUAUAGCCCAUCAGGGUACUUUUAUAUGACAGACUUUGGCUUAAUUGUUGCAAUUUAUAGUAUUGUCAAUCAGAAACCUGUUCCUGAACAAUUAAAAGAUGUUUUUUAUUCAAGGUUUAAUUAUUUGUAUACAGAUAAAUUAACAGAAGAAAAACGUAAAAUGCUUUAUGACUACCUUUUAAAGUUGUACAUUAAAAAAGUAGAAGAAUUUGAAGAUAAAAAUUACGAUGAUGAUGUGAAGCGAAGUGUUAGACGAUAUAUUUAUAUGGUUUUGUGUGUAAUGGAAAUUUUUGAAAAAUCUAAGAAAGAUUGUCCAGAACUUAUAAUGAAGUACGUAAAAAUGGAUUGGCAAGAGUUUCAAAAUCACCGUUUAUUUAAAAAGAAGGUAGAAAUCAAAGAUAUACAAGAGUAUGAUUUGAUUCAAUUAUUAAAGAAAGAUGCAAUAUUACUUAAUGCAAAAUUCAAUGAUUUAAAGAGUACUAUGAAUAGAAGCUUUACAUUUAGAUUAAAUCAACUCAUGAGAAAAUUGAAAAUUUACUUCUCAAAAGAUAUAGCCAAAGAGUUUCUCAGUUUCUUUACUAAUUUAUUAUCAGAUCCAAAAAUUGGUUAUCUAUCUAUUUAUACUUCUGUGUAUUGUAUUGUUCAAUUGGCUGAUGAGAAAUUCAUCGUAGAAUUCAUGUGCAAAUACGCACCUCUUGAACCAAAAAUAGACCACCAAAACAUUGAUAGGAAUUUAUUAUAUAUUCGCGAAGCCAUUUGCCGUUUUUCAUGUUAUUCACGACCACCGGUUCCACUUUCAAAUGUUCUGAUGUACUUAAAGGGUGACUAUGUGCAUUACUGUCUACCAAUGUUUAAUCAUUACUUCGCACAUCUGCCACGUCCACUAUCAUUGAAGUUUGUUGAAGUGGUCUUAAAUGCUCCAUUAUCCAUACAAAAACACGGUUUGCGUCUGGCCUUCAAAUCUUACAGUGCUGGAGACUUGAAAAAACUUGUUUUGUCAGUUUGGAAGAAAACAAAAAAUGUUUCUCUAAGAUUAAUUCUAUAUAAAUGUCUCUUUCAAAAGAUAUUGAAUGAAGAGGAAGUAUCACAAAAGGAGUUAUAUAAAGCAUUGAAAGUGCUUACAUCAGAACUACGCGAUGAUGACCAUAAUGAUAUUUUUGAUUUAAUAUUAUCAGACCAAUUGCCUAAGAGUUUUAGAGGAGAUUAUUUAGAGACUGCUUGGACGUUAGUCAGCAAGUUAAGGGAGAAAGGCGUAAAUAUAGAACGUCAAGCUAAAGUUUUGCGUAAUAUUAAAACAAAUAUAACCCUAAUGGACAGAGAUUUCUUAAUGGAAUACAUUGUUAAGCCACAUAUUCACGAAAUGUUGAUUGAAAAAAAAAUCAGACCAAGUUACAAAAGUCGUGAAAUUAGUGAAAGAGUUAAAACAAAAUGGGAGUUAGUUGCAAAAUUUAUAGUGACUAUUGAAAACGAGGAAACAAGUAAGACAAGUAUAGACUUGGUGACAUCCAUCAUUAAGACCUGUGCUGAAAUGUGGGACGAAGUACACGAUGAAAGGUACACUAUUAGAUUGUUUUGUACAAAUUUCAUAUCCAGUUUAAGAGCAAACAGUAACGCAUUCUUUCAAAAUUUCAAGUAUGUGAAUUGUAUAUUUGAGAGAGUGCUGUUUACAAUUUUGGAAGUGUUGCCAUCUCAAGAAAUAUAUUUAACGAUUUGGGAUCUGUGGUUGGUGAUUAUCACAAGAAAGGUAUGUUCAAAAAUGGAAUGUGAUGAGAAUGGGCUAUUUAAAAAUAUUGAAUAUGACAAAAUUUGCGAUGACUAUGCCAAUGAAAUUGGAGAUCUUAUUGUUGAUUUGGUUAAUAAAGAGCAGUUUUAUAGAAGCUUUUUGCCACAUAUAGCUCAGGUGGUAAACAACCAUAUUUCAGUUUUCUCAUGCGCUAUAAAAGAGUGUGCAGAUAUGGUCCGUAUCACAAUUUGCAAUAAUUUGACACAUUUUAAACUGCCUGAAAUAUAUUUAUUGGUACUGAUGUUGCUGCCUACAGAUUGCCCACAUGCCUAUUUCGACACCUGUAAGGACACGUUACAAAAGAUCAAAGAGAUAGAUAACAAUGAAAUCCAAAGCUAUUUGUAUCAAAAGUUUCUUCGUGAAGAUUUUAAAAGAAGAAAGUUUGUGUAA